CCCCUUUCACUCCUUGUGGUCAGAGAGACACCGGAAACAGUGCCGCCCAAUCUCAUUGAAUUCCUUCAUGAGCAGUAUAACGCCGAGAUUCUCCGCGGUGAUACACGUGCUCAGGACAGCCCACUCAAGAGGGAAGACUUUGCCAAUUACUGGUUCAAUGAAUGGGCAGAUGUGGCGACCUUGGCCACAGAAGGCCACGAUGGAUCUCUCUUGGAUUCCUCUGACUGGAAAGGGGGAUACGUGGGGGCUUUGAGGAUCAUGUCCAACUAUCCGGCCCGUUCCUCGCACAUCUGCCAUGCUGAUUUUGUCACUGCCCCUACAAUUGCCCGUCGAAGUGCCCUCGAGGGACUCGGUCGAGCCUACUUGGAAUAUGCAGCUGAGCUCGGCUACGCGUAUGCCAUGUUCAAUCUUGUCUUUGCGACAGAUACUGAGUUUAUAGCGGCACUGAAGAAGCUAGGAUUCGAGAUAAUUGGUCGUAUACCCCAGGCUGCACGUGUGAAAGAUCAGGAAGAACUUGUAGAUGCUUUUGUCUUUGGAAGAUCAUUG